GCUCUGCAUGAUCCUGACCCUCCACUUAUUCGCUGAUUACUCCCUCUCUCCUACCCGCACGCUGUCUGCCUGCUCUCCCCUCUCCUUGCAGCGCUGGCCAGAGCUCCUGCUGUAGGUGGAGCUGGCUUUCCUGGAAUUGUCGGGCAACUUUUCCUGUUGUGCUUGCUCCCCUCUUGCUCAAUCUCUUUUGCUUUUAUGACAGCGUUGGCUGCUGGAUUCCUGCGGUCGUGAAAGCCCUGGUGCCAUCCGGGUGCAUAUCUCUACAAGCAUGCUGGAGUUUCUCUCUGGUGCAUUUGUUGCAGGCUUAUUUUUAUGAUUCAGGUCAGAAGUUUUCCUUCAGCAAAAAUGUCUCGGCAGAGCAAAGGGAGGCGAAAUCCAUCGAUAGCUGAUCAGCUUCCUUGGAUUUCGCUGACACUCCUAAUUUGUUCUGCCUGAAGAUGGAAACACUGGAGUCGGAGCUGACCUGCCCAAUCUGCCUGGAGCUCUUUGAGGACCCGCUGCUCUUGCCCUGUGCUCACAGCCUUUGUUUUAACUGUGCCCAUCGCAUCCUGGUCUCCCACUGCACCCCCAGCGAGCCUAUCCAGUCCAUCAGCGCCUUCCAGUGCCCGACCUGCCGCUAUGCCAUCACCCUCAACCAGAGGGGUCUAGAGGGACUCAAACGCAACGUGACCCUGCAGAACAUCAUCGACCGCUACCAGAAAGCCUCUCUGAGCGGACCUAACUCUCCCAGCGAGUGCCGGCGCGAGCGAGCGACCGUCCCCGACAGCAGCAAAGCCAUGACAUCUCCCUCCGACCGGGUGCAGUGUCAGUUCUGCGAGCAGGACCCGCCGCAGAACGCGGUGAAGACGUGCGUCACCUGCGAGGUGUCGUACUGCGAGGAGUGCCUCAAAGCCACUCAUCCGAACAAGAAGCCUUUCACAGGCCACCGGCUGAUCGAGCCCCUGCUGGACUCCCACCUGCGAGGGCUCAUGUGUCUGGAGCACGACGACGAGAAGGUCAACAUGUACUGCGUGACGGAUGAACAGUUGAUCUGUGCUCUCUGUAAGCUGGUCGGCCGGCAUCGAGACCACCAAGUCGCGGCGCUCAGCGACCGAUACGACAAACUCAAGCAAGCCCUGGAUACCAACCUCAGUAAUCUAAUGAAGAGGACCAGUGAGUUGGAAAGCUUGAUGGGUAAACUUAUCCAGACCUGCCAACAUGUGGAGGUAAAUGCAUCACGGCAGGAAAACAAGCUGCUGGAAGAGUGUGACGUGCUGAUUAACAUCGUACAGCAGCGAAGACAAAUCAUCGGCACCAAGAUAAAGGAGGGGAAGGCCGUGAGGCUGAGGAAGCUAGCACAACAGAUAGCCGGCUGUAAGCAGUGCAUCGAGAGGUCUUCCUCCCUCAUCACCCAGGCUGACCACACCCUCAAGGAAACCGACCACGCUCGCUUCCUUCAGACGGCUAAAAAUAUCUGUGAGAGAGUCUCCAUGGCAACAGCAUCCUCCCAGGUCCUAUUACCAGAAAUAAACCUGAACGACACCUUUGAUACUUUUGCCUUGGACUUCACGAGGGAGAAGAAAAUGCUGGAGAGCUUGGAUUACCUCACAGCCCCAAAUCCGCCAGUAAUCCGCGAGGAGCUGUGUACAGCCUCGUAUGACACAAUCACGGUUCACUGGACUUCAGAUGAUGAAUUCUCUGUUGUGUCAUACGAGCUUCAGUACGCCAUCUUCACAAGCCAGUCUAAUGUUGUCAGUCUGUGUAACUCUGUGGACAGCUGGAUGAUUGUUCCCAACAUCAAGCAAAACCACUACACUGUUCACGGACUCCAGUGUGGCACCAAGUACAUUGUCAUCGUCAAGGCCAUAAACCAGGCGGGAAACCGCAGCAGUGACCCAGGGAAACUCAAGACCAACAGUCAACCAUUUAAGUUGGACCCAAAGUCCGCCCACCGGAAGCUGAAGGUGUCCCAUGACAACCUGACGGUGGAGAGGGAUGAGACGUCGUCCAAGAAGAGCCACAGUCAAGACCGCUUCUCCACUCAGAGCAGCUAUGGCGUGACGGGAAACGUCUACAUCGACAGCGGACGGCAUUACUGGGAGGCUCUGAUAGGAGGCAGCACAUGGUUUGCUGUAGGGAUUGCUUACAAGUCGGCGCCAAAACACGAGUGGGUCGGGAAAAACUCCGCCUCGUGGGUGGUGGCCCGUUGCAACAACUCGUGGGCGGUGCGCCACAACAGCAAGGAGGUUCCCGUCGAGCCUUCACCGCACCUGCGACGCCUCGGGGUGUUGUUGGACUACGACUCUGGAUCUCUGUCCUUCUACGAUGCCGUUGCCUCUCAGCACUUGCACACCUUUGAAAUCGCCUUCGCUCAGCCAGUCUGCCCUGUUUUCAAUGUGUGGAAUCGAUGUUUGACAAUCCUCAGUGGACUCCCCAUCCCUGAUUUCAUAGAGGGGACGGACUAUAACCACUGAAGAAACCCAUGUAGUUUAUUUUUAUUUUUAUUAUUAUUAUUUUUUUCUAGCAGAGACCAGACUCUUAAACUGUGAUGACCAGUUUCUUAUUGAUGGCUGGAAGUAAAAAAAAAUAAUUGUAAAUUCUUAAACAAGCCUAUGUUGAAAUUAAUUUGAAUUAUUUAAGAUGUUAAUUUCAGGAACUUGUAAAUAAUUUGUCUUUGAUUUGCACAGUUAUGCACAGUUCUGGGUGUUUUAGGGUUGUACCUGUACUUUUAAUUUCAAUGAAAUAUUUUCUAAUGGGCUCCAGAUGAUUAUAUUUUAUACAGUUUGUUACUUUGCCAACUUCAUAUACCACAGCUUUCCAUUUCAUAUCAAGUUAAGGAUGUCGAUACAUGUCUAAGGGCAAUAACUUAGAGAUUUAAUUUUUUACACUUGCAUGUUUGCGGAUCAUUGACUUCUAGGCUAUUUUAAUUGUUCAGAUUUAAAUGUUUGAUUUUUCAUAGCACUUUCACGAGAUAACGUUGUCACUAUCAAACAAAUACACUUCUUUACUUGUUUUUGUACUCUAAGGAAAAGCACUUACAUCGAUCAAAUAAUGAUCCAGUGAGACUAGAGAGGUUUUUGCUCACGAGUUCUGAUUUGAACUCGAUCAGUUCAUUAGUUGUAAGUCUUAAAUGUAAGCGCUUCACUACAGUUUAGUUGUGGGAUUAUUCAUGUCCUCACUCCAGCAGUCUCAAGGCUUCAUCACAGUUUUUUCUCUGAGAAGAUCUAAUAAAAGUGUCUCC